CUGCGUCAUUGCUUGUUCUUCAGACUCAGGCGUCAAGCGACUCGAGAUGACAUUCGUAGGUUUAUUGGGACUGUCGAUUAAGCACCCAGCAAUGGCUUCAUUACCCACUCUCAUUGCAUUUCAACCACCUUAUUUGAAAGCUCUAUCCCCUCGUACUACUUUUGCAUUAAUUUCUGGUCUAUCCCAAACAUUAGGCCUGUUAGCUUCUAGGCUUUCCGCCCUUAUUUGGGCCGUUCCUGGUCCCAUCUUUUACGCUGCACUGCAACAAGGAUUAUCAAGGUGGUGAUCCUUGAUCGACGCAACUAUCCCACUUGGUUGGUGAUCUCCCUGAACUGCGCUCAUUAGACUGUUGAAGCGUGGUCAAACUGCUUCUUACUUGCAAGCGAGACUGAAGAGAUCCAUUCGGAAGCAAGGCUCGCGCCAAUAACCCUAAAAGAUCUGGAACUUGGCGAACAUUCAAG